AUGGGGCGACUGGCGGUUUCAGGCCGUCUCCAUCUCAUGCCGUUCCUAGGGGUUUUAUUUGGCUUAGUUGUGAAUAGCCUAGUCCCAAAUGCUAGUUCUCGACAGCUUCAUGGCGUUGCUGCUCGCUUCCACUCCCUCUCGCCUCCAGCCCAAUUAGACCAUCUAAAGCCUUUCGCCUCCGGUUCUUUCUUGUCUACGGCAGCUCGACCAAGAAGCACCUCGCUCACCUUCGCCUCCCCGGAGGAAUCCGGUGCUUCUGAUGAGCCGUCGUCGAAAGUGCGUCACCGUUCCCAGUCCCUUGGGUCGGGACGGCAGGCCCCGUCGGGCGUCUGGAAAAGCGAGGGGGGAAGGCCGAACAUGCAACAGCCUCAAACGCAAAACGAACAAGCUCAACAACAAAAACGGCGACAUAGCCGGUUUCAGCGUCUCCGGAAUGCCUUAAAACGCCUGGGAGGCGCCGCGAAAGAAAAACUGAAGCGUCUGUGGCAAAGCAUAAAGCGUGGUGCUUCUCGGGCAAAACGUGCAGCGCGCCAAGCAGUCACAAAUCUUUACAAUAGGUUCCCGAGGCUCCGAAAAUCCCGAAAGGCACCUGAAGGAGCAGAAGUUAUUGCCUCAUCAGGCCUGGCGGGGGCAGGCCUCGCCUCGGCUGCACCACACCUAGGUCCCGGUGAGGACGUUCCCGAAGGGGUUAAGACACUUGAAGAAGAGGAAGUUUCUACCCCUCCGAGCCCUGAUAACUCCACGACGAGUACGGCAACGGAGGAAACAGCAGCAACUCCCACACCGGAAGGACCUUAUCGGUCUAAGGAAGUGGAGGAAUGGUUUGAAGCACCAACAGCUGAAGACGGUACAGACACAAGCGAAGAGUGGCAUGAUGCAGUACUCCCUGGUGGUGAGGAUAAUGCCAAUGCCGGAAACUUCAAUAUUUUUUUGGACGCGACGCAGGACUUGGUAGUCCAGACUUGGGGCUCGAUAGCGGCAGGAAAACAGAUAAUACAAACUGAUAAAUCCUUCGAUGCGGAACUGCUGCGCGUGACCCUUGCAUUGGCGCUAGUGGAAGACCGCAUAGCAAAGGCAAUGGACCAAACUGAGGAGUACUGUUGGUUGCCAGCCUUGACAACUUUUGUGAAGAGACAAUUGCUAGUGAAGUUCGCCGUUUGGAAAGUACCCGUUCCGUGGUCAUUUUUGCCAACCCUUUCGAAUGCAUCAAGCCGCUGA